AUAUAGAAAGGCUUUCUAGCCACAGCUAUAGAAUUAAGAAAGGGUUCGUUGAUAAUAUGAAGCUGUAUGAGCACAGAUAAUUGUUUUUAAUAUAUUGAUCUGAUGAAGGUUUUGAUUGAAAGGUUUCUAAGUGAUCAAUAAUAAAUCGUCAGGUAUUACCGUAAACCAAUUCAAGCUUUGCUCAUUUUAUGUUGCAGAGAAAAUUAAACCAGUUGUAUUACUUUUGAUUAAAUUGUUUGUAAAUUGAAACUCCUAGAUUUUUCAUUAAAAAAUUAAUAAUAGUUUAGAAAGGUAUUAUUGUAGCAUGUAAACUGCAUGGCAAGUCUAAGGGGCUGUUACAUGAGCCUGGUUAGUUUCAAGUCUUUGUCUAAAUCCAAACUUGUCAUCUGAAUUCUGUUUUGUUUUUUAUUUUGAAACAUUUGGUCAUCAUUUGGACUUUUGGCAUACCCUCAUAAUCAUUUAUACUCUGACUUGUUAAUAGGUUGAAGGAAUAUUUUAUAUCAAUAACCAGUUGGAAACUUUGAUGUUUGAUGAACUAAGACAUUGGUGUAAUUCUGCAGGUGUUGGAGGCUUUAUUCCAGGUGUCAAACAGAUUGCAAAUGUUGCAUCUCUUCCAGGAAUAGUUGGAAAAUCUGUGGGCUUGCCUGAUGUACAUUCAGGAUAUGGAUUUGCAAUUGGUAAUAUGGCAGCAUUUGAUAUGAAUGAUCCAAGUGCAGUUGUGUCUCCAGGUGGGGUUGGAUUUGAUAUAAACUGUGGGGUGAGGUUAAUUCGUACUAACCUGGAUGAAAAAGAUGUUUUACCAAGAAAAGAACAGCUUGCUCAGUCCUUAUUUGAUCACAUUCCUGUUGGUGUUGGUUCAAAAGGCAUCAUACCAAUGGCAGCAAAAGAUCUUGAAGAAGCGCUGGAGAUGGGAAUUGACUGGUCAUUACGCGAAGGUUAUGCCUGGGCUGAAGACAAGGAACAUUGUGAAGAAUAUGGCCGAAUGCUUCAAGCGGACUCCUCAAAAGUCAGUCCUCGAGCGAAAAAACGCGGUCUGCCACAGCUGGGAACUCUCGGCGCUGGAAACCAUUACGCUGAGAUUCAGGUCGUCGAUGAAAUCUUCGAUAAUUUUGCUGCUAAAAAAAUGGGCGUGGACCACAAAGGACAGGUGUGUGUGAUGAUACACAGCGGCAGUCGUGGUCUUGGUCAUCAGGUUGCAACAGACGCGUUAGUUUCAAUGGAGAAGGCAAUGAAACGAGACAAGAUUGACGUAAACGAUAGACAGCUUGCUUGUGCCACCAUCAGCUCACAGGAAGGUCAGGAUUAUUUGAAAGGAAUGGCUGCAGCUGCUAACUACGCCUGGGUGAACAGAUCUUCUAUGACUUUCUUAACUAGACAGGCAUUUGCGAAAGUGUUUGGAUCAACACCAGAUGACUUGGAUAUGCAAAUAAUUUAUGAUGUCUCACACAACAUUGCGAAAGUCGAAGAACACAUGAUCGAUAAUAAACAGAAAACACUGCUGGUUCAUCGUAAGGGAUCUACGCGAGCAUUCCCUCCUCAUCACCCACUUAUUCCUGUCGAUUAUCAGUUGACUGGACAACCAGUUCUAAUUGGCGGCACAAUGGGCACGUGCAGUUACGUGCUGACAGGAACGGAGAAAGGAAUGAAUGAGACAUUUGGAACGACCUGUCAUGGAGCUGGACGCGCUUUGUCUCGUGCGAAAUCUAGGCGUAAUCUCGACUAUCAAGAUGUGCUUGCUAAGUUAGCGGAAAAAGGGAUAUCCAUCAGAGUCGCUUCACCUAAGUUGGUUAUGGAGGAGGCUCCAGAAUCGUACAAGAAUGUCACCGACGUCGUUGAUACGUGCCAUGCCGCUGGGAUAAGCAAGAAAGCAAUCAAAUUAAGACCUGUUGCUGUUAUCAAAGGAUAGUGUCGAAACAUGUUGCUAUGGAAACAAGUACGUGUGCGUUGUUGUGGAGCAUAGUAUAUAAGUAUGCAUGGUUGGAUGACUUCACCCCCAGAUUUAAUAUUUCGAAUGGACUUCACUGAAAACCUUUGCGAAUCGUCUCUUCUGAAGCAGUUAAAAAACCUCAAAGUUAGCACUGGAUAAAUAUUAGAAAAUAAUUUGAGAGAACGCGUUAAGACGAUUAUUAAAAGGGCCGGAGCUGAAGGGAAAAUAAAAAAUUGAGAAGAACGCACUAACAGCCAAAGAGAACGAUAAUUUCGUCUACAGAUUCUUCGGAUUAACGCGAAAUAUAAUUUAAUACCAAAAUUUAAAUCAAUUACCACCGCCACCAGGGUGUUUUAAUACGGAAACUUGGAUAUGUAUUUAUAAUCGACAAAUAAAAGUAAAUUUACAGUUCA